UACACAAUAGCCAAGCUAUUUAUCGAUUUCUUUCGUCGUGGUAUCGACCGCAAGACUCAUACCCUUGCCUCCGGGGAAGAUUUCGACGACUCAACCGCGAUCUCGUCGCUCGUUGCCAACCGCGCAUCUCUCGCGAAUUCGAAACGCCUUGGAGAUCGACGGCUUUGAAAACGUCUCUUUUAGUGAAACCAUAGGAGGAGGAUCCGGCGUAACGCUUGAGAGAGCAGGAAAUGUACGUCCCUGAGAGGGAGGAGGUGUCUGAAAGUUGGCUGCAUACGUAUGACCUGAGCAGUACUAUGAUUCCCAAUGCGAGCACGGCGAUGGACGACGAGGAGCAUUUCUGCAAGCUUAUUUUGUAUAAGGAGAUCAAGGAUUCCAGAGUGCGAAUAUGGGAUAUCAUCAUCCUGGUACCGAAUCUAUUGUUUCUUCUGUUCAUCGCAAUGCGAUUCAACAGGGCGAGGCUUAAGUUACGUGCAACGAGUAGCCCAAUAUUUUUAGCAUUUUACGGUCUGGUCAUUUGUAAUGUAGUUAUAUCAGUAGUGCGCUGCGUCGUGUCGAUGACUGUGAACGCGGCGGCGGCGGUCGGUGGCAAGGCCGACAAGGUCCUAUGGGUCACAGUGAGGUUUUUUCUACUAUCUACCGAGAUGAGUGUAGUUAUAUUUGGUCUAGCGUUCGGUCAUUUGGACAGCCGCUCCAGUAUUCGUAGAGUAUUACUUGCUACAUCCUUUAUAGCGCUGGCAUUUACGAUUACUCAAGGAACACUGGAGCUGGUCCUACCAGACGAUACAUUUCAUAUUCCCAGCCGCGACUUUUACGUAUUCGGUCAUGGCGGCAUGAUGUUUUGGUUUUGCAGUAGCCUCGUUUUCACAACGAUAUAUCUCUUUAUAUUAAUACUGCCAUGGACACGGUUGCGGGACCGCCUAGCACUUCCUACACGGAAAAGUUUUUACGUUUACGCUGGAAUACUAGCGACAUUGGACUUAGUGCAGUCGAUUGGCGCAGGCUUUCUAAACUACACGCAAAAUCCAGUGGGAUUAUGCAUCGUAGACUUCACUGCAGCAGUAUAUUUAACUCUUUUUACCCCUUUGGUUUAUCAUACAUUCCUGUCGGAAUUCUUCGGGGUUUCGCAACCUUCGAUAAUGUUCUCUUACAAAGCACAAGUGGACGACGCGAUGGACGAAGACACUGUGUCAUUACCGCACCAACAGAGUUUUUCAUCUUUAAAAACCGACAGCGAUUACAUCUAUCAGGUCCAUACUCCUUCUAUUCACAUACCGCUGUAUGAUUCCCAUGCAUCAAAAUCCUCUAGACCGAGAGCUUCUCUUUAUUCCUUAACAUCCGCUAAAGAUCGCAAAAAUAAUGACUCAAGUACUUUUGGUUCACCAGUUAAGCCGUAUCACUCGACAUCCGGUAUUAGAAGCUUUGGUAGAGAUUCCAGCAUAGAAAAAGACGUUUCGGAAGUGGUCGAGUAUCCCUUAACCAAAUCUACCGCCAUUCAAAAAAGCGUCCCGGAUCUAAGACUCUCCAGCCCGAUCCGAAAAGCCGUUUCUGAUACGUACGAUGAUCCCAGUAGCGUCUCACUUCUUUCGACUGACACCGCUAGUAACUUUUUUUACAAACCAAAUACAAUUGACAGCAAUAUUAAUUUAUUUUCUCAAACGAGGAAAAGUAGCUUAGAGAGUGUAUCGUCUAAAACGAUCGUAGAUCAUGUGGCUGCAGUUAAGAAUCUUUCGCACGGAUACGAUAGCUUCUCAGAGAUAUCUCAGGGUCCAGCAUUAGAAAAUACGUUACACUCAAUUUUGGAGAGCGGGACGCACGAAAUCGAAACGGAAGUUCCUAAAAAAUCUCGAUUAAAGACAACUGACACUGACAAUUUAGUCGAAGAUGGUACUGCUAGUGCAGAUCCGAGACAUUUAACGACGCUUAUCAGCACUGAGAUUUUUAAAACUUACUCAAACGAUAUAUCUCCUGAUUCAAACGUCACGCAACAAUUACUUCCUAGAACGACUUCCUUUACAACCGGCGCGCACAGAAAGAGUAAGAAUGAUUCGAAGGAGAGAGAGCCAAGUGGCUUAAGUGAUUAUUUAUUAUCUAUAACGUCCCCGAAAUUUGUGAAACACAAAAGGAGCGAGGCACAUCCCAAUCCCUCCUCGGAUUCAGAUUUUUACACGCAAACUGAAUCUUUGUAAAUAGCUUAUUUAUAUGUACCGCUACAGUCGACUUACUGUGUAUGUACAUAUCGUAGAUAGUCUUCCUAAAAUUUUACAUUAAUUUGGUUAAUUGUUAAUCCUUAUAUUACAACGAAUAUGUUGAGAUACCAUUCAAGAGCUUUAUCUAACUGUAUAUAUCUGAGCAUGUUUAGAAAUAUCGUGCAAUUAAACGUAUUAAUGUAGUCACAAUGCACUUGGUUUCAUUUAUUUACACUAACUUCGAUCAAUCAUUCCCUUGAGAACGAUAUCACUCUGUUGUCUUAGAGAUGGAAUCUCGUGAACGUUUUCAAAUGAUAUUUCAUUACGCGUACACUG